AUGCAGACAAACAACUUAGCAGUAAAACCAAAGGACACCCGUAACGCCAUCCUCAAGCGGUACGGCAUCUUCGCCACCAUAGCAAUCGGGCUUUUUCUCGUGGGCAAAAAACAUAUCGCCUACGAGAAGGAGCAACGUCACAAGAUGGAAAACGACUCCGAUUUAAACAACUCGGAUAACGAGUUCGGCAUCAGUGUCAAACGGCCUGGAUUUCCCGCACAGAACCCCAAUUUAAACUAUGACGAUAACGAGAGGCGCAAGAGCAAGUAUAUGGGCGGCGGCGAUGCUUAUAGCUCGAGACGGCCUGGUGAUCGCUUGAGCUUUUACAAUAUCUUGAAGAUGAAGUGGUUCCCUGAUGAUAAGGAGAAAGAGGCGCAGUAUUACACACCUUCGAGAGAGGACAAAGUCAUCAAGUGA